GAAAGAUCAAAGUUUAUAUUGUGUUUAUUAAAAUAGAAAGAUCCCAGAUGGAAACUGGUCUGAGCAAAGACUGCUCGCUCCCAAGACACAGAAAGCCGAAGCUUUCUAGCCAAAAGGAACUGCAUCCCGCAAAGAACCUCUUUGUCCAGAGUACCUACAGCAUUGUCAAGGGCUUUUAGCCCUUGCUCUCUUAAAGUCCUUUCUUUUGUGGCACGGUGUUGGAGCCAGAAGGCAUCAUGCUUCAGAAGUGCAACUUCUUCUUCUGCUCUUUUCUUUGCCAAAAAGAGAUGGACUUCGGGACGGAUUUCCGCAUCCCAGAAAAUAUUUUUUUUAUUGAUUAUUGAAUCAAAGGUCAAAGACUCAUUGAAUUCAAGGUUAAAUGCUUGGAGGAGGUAGGUAAUUUGUUUGGCCUGUUUAUUCAGGCUGGUUUGGUGUUGCUUUGAUUUUUUUGUGCCGAUAUGGCCAGAUUUGUAGAGCAAUGUCGAGGUAUCAUGAUACGCUCGAACAUUGGCUCUAAUCGCAUCUUUGAAUUUUUUUUGUAAGCUAGGAACUCGUUGUACCCUAGCUGGGCAUUUUCUUCUAUAUAUUUUAUGAGGUUUGUAUUUUCUUCAUCAGGUUCUUGGAAGCCCUCAACUUCCUCCUGGAUCUUCGUCUUCAACUUCUCCAUUUCGUGCUUCAGCCUAUUGAUCUCAUCUUUCACAUGAUUUCCGUUGGCAUCAUUAGCGAACUCUCUUAGUCGGCGUAAAAGUGUGAAUUUUACAAGGAACAAAGCAAUAUUGCCCUGAACCUUGCGGCCAGACUCCAGCAAAUCACCAUGAAAGUUGCUGUCGAAACGCCCUACGCCUUCUUCAGCUCUCUACUUCUCGAACUUCUUCACCACACCAUCGCCUAUCCACACCUGCUUGAGUUGAGCCUCUACUUGCUCCAACUUUUCGCCAACAUCACCUUCACCGCCUUUCUUCCUCUCACACUUCAGGCUAAAAUUGCCAUCCGUGGCAACAAAUUGACAGUCUUCAACGGCCACAUUGCUAUCAACAUCUGGACAAGCAGUGCAACAGCUGGAUUCCUGAAAUCCAGACGAAAGCUUCUCCACCUUGGCCUGAUGAAGAUACGGAGAAGAUUCUGGCAGUACGCCUUUUAGAUCUGUCUCUCAGCACCCAAAUUGAUCUUAUUAUAUAGAUCGGCCAAGCCCUGGCCAGAGAUGGCAAGAACAUCUCGCAUGUCUCUCAUGAACUCAAGAAGUCCAAAAUGAAUCGCAUAUUGAAUGUUGUUCAAAGAAGCAGGGAGUAUGCUCAUUUCAACCAACUGUUCCGAGAUGGGUAGUACACCCACAGAAAGCAACAGCGAAUAAUUU